GACACAUUAAAGUGGAAUUUUUUCCGGCGCAAAUUUGAAUACACGAAGGGAGACUGUGUCCUCGGUGUGUGUCCGUUAGCGAAGAAGACACGACACGACACGACACAACACAAAACAACACCACAACGAAAAAGUAACACAAUUUGAGUGGACAUUGACGGACUGGGUCGUUAGUUGACUUUUUUUCUGGAGGAGGAAAAGAGGAAGCAGUUCCGCCCUCACGAGCCGACGUGAGGCCGAAAAGGAGACCAAAGCAGAAAAGAAGUCGACAAAGUUUGGCGUCAAAGGUCAAAACCUAAGACACACUGUUUUAGUCUCUUUAGCGGACAUUCUUGUCAAUUUCUUGUCUUUUCGGCGGUGGUGCGCUUAACUCCUAAAAAUGACUUUUAUCUUGCCGAGUAGUAAGUUGUUCUGAUACUACAGUCCUCCUCGAUAUCACCUACUAGCCUUUACUAGCAUUUUAUUAGCAUUUAGCUUAACUGCUUAUUGUUUGACUGAUUUUUUGUAACAUCCGGGAAAGUUCUCCGUUAAAAAAAAACUGCGAUGAGCGGAGAAGAGGAAAGAUUCAAGCUGGUGGUGGUGGGAGGUGGAGGAGUGGGAAAGAGCGCCCUGACCAUCCAGUUCAUUCAGUCGUACUUUGUGUCAGACUACGACCCCACCAUUGAAGACUCCUACACUAAGAUCUGCAAUGUGGAUGGAAAGGACACGCGUCUGGACAUCUUAGAUACGGCAGGUCAGGAGGAAUUUGGCGCGAUGAGGGAGCAGUACAUGCGCUCAGGAGAGGGCUUCUUGCUGGUGUUUGCACUCAACGACCGAGGGAGCUACCAUGAGGUCCAGAAGUUUCACACUCAGAUCCUUAGAGUGAAGGAUCGAGAUGACUUCCCCAUGCUGCUGGUUGGAAACAAGGCAGACCUGGAGCAGCAAAGAGUGAUUUCCAGGGAGGAUGCUCAGGCAUUUGCCAGAGAGAAUAAGAUCCACUAUAUGGAGGCCUCAGCUAAGAACCGCUACAAUGUGGAUGAAACCUUUCUGGAGCUGGUGCGAAUUAUCAGAAAGUUUCAGGAAAUGGAGUGUCCUCCCCCUCCAGCGCAUCAUGCUGGGAAAAAGCAGCGUAGUGACUGCCCUUGUGUCCUCCUCUAAGCACCGUUACUAUGGACACCAAAGCCUCUCCAGCUUGUCCAAAAAAUAAUUGUGAGAAUUUGUGUGAGACAGUGGGAUAGGGUGAGGGAGAGAUAGAACUAAGGUGCACCAUUUUCUCCACAAAUGGUUUCAAUUUGCACUUUUCUCAAAAGCAAAUCAAUAUAGUUUAAUUUAGUCUAAAGGAAGAGCUUUGAACAGCAGCAGAAAUAGUUCAUCAAGUUAUAGAUCGCGACAUCAUCAUACGUUAUUGGGUGUGAGGACGUGCAGGCACUGAUGUCAGCACAGACAUCAUCACAUGUAUGUAACAUGUAUAUAGGUACGCUGACAAACUGCCAUAGCAUGGUAGUAAUGCAGAGUGUGACAUACCCAGUCUCGACAUAUCAGUUUGCUGUCAUGUUCCAAGCUGGCCUGUAGGAGGCAACACCAGCAUUACAACAACACAGCAAACCUCACAGCAGCAGCAGCCCGUUUGGUAGUGGUGGGAGAUACUGCGAAGUAUUGCAGAUACCGAUACUUUUAACUUGACAUUUUUCAGGAUCAUUUCAUUACUUUGUGAUUUUUUUUUUUUAAUUUGUUGUAAUCAUGAUUAUAAUCAGAAUACAACACAGGAGAAAGAUUUUACCAAAGCCAAUAAAUAUUUUUAUCAACAAACUUAAAACAACAGAAGACAAUGUGACAUUAUCAACAAAAUACAAUUAUCCCUUUUACUACAUACAAUUACAUACAAAAGCUCUCCUGUGUUGAAGUAUGUAAUCCCUGAGUUUGUAAACAGUAUAACAAUAUGUCAAUAGAACAAUUUCAAUAAUGUAACAUAGGAACACCAAAAAAUACACACAUUUGUGAAUAUAAACAGAGGCAAGAACUGAAAAAUACAGAUCUCAUCACGCUGGUAUCAAUCCGAAACUAAUACAGUGGCAUCUCAAUGUGUUCCAGACACCUAACAGUAUGAACAAAAAUACAUUUUAGAGAGAAUUAUAGUUUUAAUUAUAAAUGACAAAUGACAUGGACAAAUGAACAUUUAAUAUCAUUUAACAGUAUAGAUUCUCCGGAACAAUACGGUACAAGGCAAACGGGCUAGUUUGUUAUGCGCAACAUUGUGCGAUAACUGAGACCAUGUACGAAAUUUGUUAUGUGCAAUGCUGUACAAUAACUGAGACUGUGUAUGAAAAUGCAGGCUCAAUUUUUGGCCGAAAACUGAAUAAUGCAAAAACUGUGGUGUUUGGCCGUAGUACCCUUGCUACCGAUACUUUGGUAUUUUAAUCAAUCGGCCCACCUCUAACAUUCAGGCUCUCUUUUCAUGCCAAAUAUUAGACCAAAUGUGACAGCCUCUAACACUGUAAAUUCCAACCAUGACAUGAGACUUUUUGAAUCAUUUCACAUUGGAAUUACCAUAUAACUUAAUUUUUUCCCUUGUGAAUGAUCGCAAAUUCGCCUAGAAACAGCUUUUCGUUUGACUGCAGAUGAGGUAUGCGUCCAACUGAUGCAUAUUCCACACAUAUCAAACACACUGCCUAGUGUCACUACUUUGCAUUGUAGCUAAAUUUAUAUUUUUUGUAUGCACUAUAUUCAUAUUUCCACUUUCCACUCCACAUCUGCUUGACAGCAAAAACACAAAUAAUUUAUUUUUUUAUGUAAUUGUAAAUACAGUAAGGGGUUCAUGCAUUUCAACAGGGUAAGAUUAUCUCCAUUAAUGUCUGUUCUUGUACGUGCAGGUUUUUUAACUCAUGCACUUUUUACAUCAUUCAAUCCUUCAUUCAAUUCCAUCAUUAUUUCUAAAUUGGUUUACAUGAGUUGACGUGCCAUAGUUUAUUCAUGAUCACACCGCAGGUCAGGGGUGUCCACACUUUUUCCAUGGGGGUGCCACUUUGAUACAUUCUGUCAUUAAACAUGCUAAAACCAAUGCAAUGUAGGUCAAUACACGCAACGCAGAAACAUCUCUUUGUGCUGUUGGUGACAAAGCAAAUUAGUGUAAUAUCUAAUAAUCAUUAAUAAUAAAUGUAUAUUAUUUAAUUUUUUAUCCAAAAAAUGAGCUGCAGGCUGAAAAUGACCCCCGGGCCGCACUAUGGACACCACUGACUUGGGUUGAGUUGAUGUUUAAAAUGCAGAAUUCCUAUACAGAACUGUUCACUGAAGUCCAGAAAAAGAUAGUAAGGACAACGUUCCAAAAGGUUGUUCAAUAUCUAGUCUGUAAUAUUUUAUUAAUGCUGCCAUACAUUUCAUGUUAGACAGGAACCAAGAUGUUUUUCUACAAUAUUUGGACUCGGACUCCACUGUGCUACCACACAGACUAGAUUAGAGCUUGUAUAGCAAUUUUACACUAUUUUAAGAAUACAAUCAAAUGCAAAUCAGUUAAAAAUGUUAUUCACAAAGAUGAUUAUUCAUAUGGGCAACCAGAGAGCAGUUGAGAAAAAUAUAUUGGGAGGUUUUUUUUUCUUUCUCUAAUAAACUAUUUUAUUCAUUUAUAAUGCUUUGGGCAACAUGAAUUUACAUGUUUAUAUUAUAAACUGCAAUUAAAAUGUUUUACAUUGACUUCAA